GGUCAUACCACGUGCUUGGGGUCUAGGUGACCGGAUUACCCUACCCAUGCUUUAAGAUUGCCUUUUACAAGCCUGGGGCUCAACUUGCGGCGAGCGCGCCCACGAUCGCUCCGUACUACUUUACUAGACUUGCGCUCUUAGGCCCACCAUACGUCCUUCUGGCACAAGGUACCGCUAGGUUGCCUGGGGAAAUUUAAGCCCGCUCCAACCCGCGCAUAAACUACGAAUGGAGCGUUCCAACCUGUAGUAGUUGCACCUUGCUACUCAAGUGCAAGGCAGCUGGGCCUCUGUGAUUAGCUCUUGGGUGGACUUGCGGCUUUUGGCAGGACUGAUGUCUACGCAAGAGGAGGUCCAGCAGCAGGACGACGCUCCUGAGGUGCCUCUGCGCACGCUCAAUGAGUUUUCGAUCCACAACGUUAGCGCUGGGAACGCGCCGGUUAGCCUCGAUGCCCUUCAUACGCUGCCGCCGGGUAGCGUUGUUGCUGUCGGCUAUGCACCACCUGUUGAUGGGCAGCCUAAUACGGGCAACCAGAAAUUUAUCGCGCUCCAAACCCAGCCCCUGCUUGACUGGGUCAUCCAGUAUGGCGCAACCCCCGGCGUGUGGAUCUGCACGGAGAAAGCAUGGUUCCGGCUGCAGAACCCCUCGGCAGCCUACGCGCCCGUGUACGCAGCCACGCAGCGGAAGCUAGACUUCUGUCUGCGCGCCGCCAGCUGCAUAGCGGCCGUUCCUAACGUGAACCUCCAAGGCGCAGUCGCGGCGCUGUUGCAGCCAGGCCAUCAGCCGGGCGCCAGCCAGAACACAUACAGCGCUGAAGACCUGAAGCAGGAAACGCCCUUCUUGGUUGGACAGCUUGUCGCCUGGAUCAAGCGUUGCCGCAUCGCUCCACCGCCGCUGCUCGGCGAGCUGCAGCAGAUUGCUGCGGGGGUGCUGGCGCAGCGCAGGCCCGAGCAGCCGGCCGUCGCAGCCCCGCCGCCGGGAGCAGGGGCUACAGGGGCGGGUGGGCGCGGCCGCCGCGGAGGUGCCGUCGCGUCUGCAGGUCCCAAGCGGAAGCGAACGAGUGGGACAGGGGAAGAGGAGCCUGAAGAGGAAGACGUCAAGGUUCCCAAGGGCCGUGGCGGACGCGGCGGUGGUGCCGCUGGUCGCCGCCCCGGUGGGGCCGCCGCGUACGGUGGCGGCGCCUCCGCCCAUCGCAGCCGCUCGCUGACGCCGGGUGGACCCGCCCCGGCGGCCGCGGGCGCCGCCUCCGAGUUCGACGGCUACGUGGGCGAUGAGGAGCCCGACCUGGAUGAGUUCGACGAGUUCGAUGAUGGAGAGGACGAGUGGGGGGAGGACGAGGAGGGCGACGAGGAUGACUACAGCGAGGACGGAGAUGAGCGGCGCAUGCCGCGCUGGCAGCGGCGCCGUAACGAGUACUUUGCUCGGCUGGCUGCGGCCGAUGUGGCGCGCGGCGAGCCGCCCGCGCUCACCACGGACUUCCGCGUGGAUCCCGACAUGGUGCCCGAGGUGCUGGCGGUGUGGGAGAUGUGCAUGACCUUUGCCUUCAUGCUCCAACUGCCGCCGGUGCCCAUUCGGGCGCUGGAGGCCGCUCUCAUGCCCGGUCCGCUGCCGCUGCGCGAUGCGGACGGCAACCCGCGUACGGCAGACGACGGCGUCACCGUCUUGUACGACGCCCGCACCCUCGUGGACCAUGACUACAUCGCCUCGGCUGCGCUGUUGCGCGACCUGCAUGCGGGACUGUUGCGCAUGGUGGAUGGACACGCGCCGCGCAAACAGGAGCUGCCGCAGGAGUCCAAGCUGAUGGCGGACGAGGCCAAGACGGAGAACUGGGUGGACCGCACCGCCUCCGCCAUCAACGCAGCUUCCCUGGAGCUGGUGGGCGCUGAGGCCAAGGCAGCCGCCGAGACGCUCAAGACACGCGAGUACGUGCUGCUUCCUGCCCGCUCCAAGCUCGCCAUCCUACGCGCCCUCAUCGAGCUGGCGCUGGCCUCGGACGUGCUUCGCGAACACAUCAACGCGCGCGUGGACGUGCUGACGGUGCCGCUGCGUGCGCUGGCGGCGGCGGGGGUGUCGCUGACGGGCGGCGACGACGGCGCGGCGCGGCGGGCGGUGGAGGCGCUGGUGCGGCCGGUGACGCCGGCAGGGCCCAUGGAGGCGGAAGAUCCGGAUUUCUGGAUCCGCUGGAUGGACAGCUGCAAGUUGGGUUUGCGCAAGCCUGUCGGCACGGACUUCCGCGGUCGCCGGUACUGGGCCUUUGGUGCCAACGCCGGCUCCUGGAGGGUGUACGUGGAGUUGCCGGGUAGCAAGAAGUGGGGAUGGUACGAGGGCGAGCAGCUGAAGCAGCUGCUGGACUGGCUGCGGCGUGGCGGCAUCGCGCGGGAGGGGCCGCUGCUCCGCCUGCUGGAGAGCAUCCAGCUGCCCAAGAAGCUAAACAACGGCCCGGUGCACGAGCCCGGUGAGGUGGAUGAAGAGGAGCUGGCGCGGGCGACUGUCCCAUGGGACGCUGCGGACUACGAAUCUCGCCGCGCCAACGGCUACCGCAACCUGAUGUCGCCGCUGCUGCGCGGCAACCUGAACAUGCUGCCGCACCAGCCCGGCGUCCCUCGCGUGCCCCUGUACGUGGAAGACCGUGUGUGCAACGCGCUGGAGGCGCUGCUGGGAGAGGUGGACUUCUGGGGCCAGCAGCCCGCAUGGGCCGCGCGGCUGGGAGAGCUGCUGGACCUGCUGAGGUACAACUACAAGGCUGCUCGCGACGCAGCCGAGCAGGAGGAGGAGGGCGGUUCAGAGGGCACCGUCACGCGCUUCAGCGGCGCCGAGGUGGUGUUGGCGCUGGAGGAGAUGCUGUGCAAGAUGGGCGCCAUGCGGGAGGUGUGGGUGGCGCAGCUGCGUGACCCGUGGGUCGCGAGCCUACGCGACCCCACCCACACGGUUCGCGAGGUGGCGCUGCACGUGCUGGCGAUGCAGCAGUUUGUCAACACAUCGGAGUCGCAGUAUGUGCUGACGCGUGCCGCGUUCCAACGGAGGGUUAAUGAGGCCAGGUGCCCGCUGUUCUUCCCGGGUCCGAACGAGUCUGUCGUGGUGCUGCGGUCCGGCAUCUUCUACCACCUGGAGAAGUUCUACAACAUGGCCCGGGCCAACAACGACGUGCAGUUCAUGCGUGAGCUGCUGGCCCUGCGGGAGCGCGUCAACACCAUGUACUUUGCGCAGCGCUACCGCGUCGCCUGCCUCUCCUACAGGACGUAUCCGCUGCUACCGCAGUCGGAGGCCGCUGCGGCGGCGGCAGCAGCUGCCGCUGCGGCUGCCCGACAGCAGGAGGGCGGCGAGGCGGUGGAUCCCGCAACGGUGCCGCCGCCGCCGUCGCGGCCGCCCUGCAUGUGGAUGCUGCUGACGCCACUGCGCGCACCCCUGCCCCGCUUCGAGCAGGCCACGAGCGAGGUGGUGCUGCCGCUCUACAUCGACAACACGCUGCCGCAGUACGUCAUCCGCUCCGAGAUCUUUGACAAGGCCAGGGAGAAGGACUGGCAGCCCGGCGACCGCUGCCGCAUGUACGUGGGCGGCAAGCAGGGCGCCAAGGUCAGCGGCAGCUGGUACAAGGGCAAGAUCCUGCGCGUGGGGGCGCCCGCGGCGCCAGACCAGCAGGACUUUGACCCCUGGGAGAGCGUCAUCGUGGAGUGGGACAAGGCGGGCGUGGAAAACACGCAGGGCCGGGUGUGCCCCUGGGACAUCGAAGUGGACCCCGAGGCGGAGCGCCGGCUGGCGGAGGAGCGCAAGCGCGCUGCCGAGGCUGAGGCGGCCGCCGCUGCAGCCGCCGCGGCUGCUGCUGCCGCCCGCACGCAGCGUGUGGUGGCCAAGGAGCGUGUUGCCAAGCUGGUUCAGGAGAUGGGCGAGGAUGACGACGACGAGUAUGUGCCCAGCGAGCCCAGCGAUACGGACAGCGACGUGAGCGAGGGUGGCGGCGGACACCGCAGUCGGGGCAGGAAGCGCGGUGGCCGCGGUCGUGGCCGGCACGACGACCACUCGCAACAGCAGCAGCAACAGCAGCAGUCCCAGCAGCAGCAACAGCAGCCAGGGUACGGGGCUGUGCCGGCCAACAUGACGGCAUUGCAGGCGCAGCAGUUCAUGCAGCAGCGCCUGUUGCUGCAGUCGCAGGCGCGGUUGGCUGCCGGCAGUGGCGGCACGGGUGCGGCAAGCACGGCUGCUGCCGCACUGCUUGCUCAGCAGGUGCAGGCGCUGCAGGCUCAGAUCCAGCACCUGCCCGCGGCAACGCAGAUUCAGCUGCUGCAGCAAAUGGCGCAGCGUGGAGGUGCUCAGGCCGUCCUGGCGCAGCACUGCCUGGCGCUGCAGCAGCAGCAGCUCAUGCAGCAGCAACAACAACAGCAGCAGCAACAGCAACAACAGAGGCAGCAACAGGAGCAGCUGCUACUCCAGCAGCAACGCCAGCAACAGCUGCUGCUACAGCAGCAACAGCAGCAGCAACAACAACAGCAGCAGGCGGCCGCUGCGGCAUCUCUCCAGCAGCAGCAACAACAACAACAGCAGCAGGCCAUGGCGGCUGCGAACGAGGACGACAAUGGCCGGCCGGUGGCGCCUGACCUCAUGUCACCGCCGCUGCCGGCUCGCACCCCGGGCGGCCGCCGUGCAGUGCCGCACCAUUUGCUGCAGCUGCUGCCGCAGCGUGACACCUUCCACUACUUGAUCGUCAACUGGUACCGCCAGCGGAGUGUGCUGCGCUACCGGUUGCCGAACAUCGCGACCAAGGAUGUGGACUUGCACAAGCUCUUCGUGGAGGUCCACCUGCGCGGCGGCUACGAAGCCGUGGUGCUCAAGCAGCAGUGGUCCGACCUGUGUGUCAGCCAGAGCAUCCACCCGCAGCACCCCGCCAGCCAGUCGCAGCCCAACCUGCCCGCCGCGGCCGCCAUGCGCGCCACCUACGAGCGCUGCCUGCUGGACUUUGAGGACUACGUGACCAGCGGGCAGUUCGAGGCGGACGCGGCGGCGGGGCGGCUGCCGCCCAUGGAUCGCUUCCUGGACGUGCCGGGAGCAGUGCCGGCGGUGAAGCGCCAGGAGGUUCCCAUGGCCGCUCAGUACGGGGGCGCCAUGGGCGUCCCGCAGCACCAGCAGCAGCAGCAGGGCGCCAUGGCGGGCAUGGGCGGCAACGACCUGCGCAUGCAGCAGCUCCUGCUGCAGCAACAGCAGCAACAACAACAGCAGCAGCAGCAGGCGGGGCAGGGCAACGGAGCAGGCAUGGGCGUCAUGCACCACCAGGCCGGAGCCCAGGCGUUUGGAGGCGGUGGCGGCAUGAUGGGCUGGCAGCAGCAAGGCAUGGGCCGCCAGCCGGGCAUGCCCGGGUAACCCAUAUGUGCUGACCGCGGGAGCUGCUGCUGUGGCGGUUGGCUGCUGGCCGCGGAGUCGGCUGGGAUGUCGGCGAGGGUUGGAGGGCUGGCUGGCGCCCUGCGGGCAUGACGACGAUGUUUAUCCGAUACAGUGGCGAGAGCUUUGGUACUGUGUAGGGACGAAGGGAUGCUUUUGGGAGGCCAUGAGGUGUGUGGUUGCGGCAAAAGGGUGUUCGGGUUGGAAGGGACUGCGAUGUAGGGGUGCGCGUCCUGUGAGGCGAAGCGAGGUGACAGCGGGGAAAGGGUAACGGGGAGGGUCAAGUGUCGUGGUGAAAAAGAGCGCAUGGGGCAGCACCUUGUGUUGCCUUGCUACUGUUAAAUGUUUCCGGGCGGCUAAUGUCGGCUGCGUCCUUACGUAAACAUGGGUUUGGCAAGUGGGACGGUCCGCGUCUUCCUGUUUUCGCGCGUUUUGUGUGAGCCGCUGUAACGGCGGCGGUAGUAAGUUUAGGCUCCUGGGGGCGGUCGCUGGUUUCUGUUCCUGGAGCAUGGAGUUACUUGUGGGGGUCAAAGUAGGUAACUGACGUCAUUGUUGUUUAACGAAAGGUACCGCGCUUUGCAUCAAAUUGAAUGCGCCAUUCUGCGUUAGCGAGCAAAUAUAAUCAUAAGCGUAAUGUAAAUAACGGGGGUCCCGAA